CUUGGCGACCGAGUCGAGCGAGUGAGUGUCCACUUCCAGCAGAAGCAGCGCAGUCAGCCAGCAGCAGCAAUGGCCCGUAAGAGCAGUGGAGCGCGCAAGAGCCGCGCCGUGAGCGCGCUGGUGCGCGCCGAGGACGCGGCCGAGGAGGAGAUCCUGGCGACGCCGGCGCUGAGCUCCGCGGCCGCCAACGCCAGCGACGUGGAGAGCGACAACGAGGAGGACGCGGACGCCGAGGCCGAGAUCGAGCGCCGCCUGGUGGCCGAGGCGCAGGCCGAAGCGGACGCCGCCAAGCGCGAGAGCAAGGGCGUGUACAACAAGGAGGCGCUGCUGGCGCUCGUGGCCGACUGGGACGCCAAUCCGCUGCCGUGGGUCGAGACGCUGGACACGUGCGCCGUGCCCCUGGAGCUCGAGAGCGUGCACGACGACCUGAAGCGCGAGGUGGCCUUCUACAACAACACGCUGGCGGGCGUGCGCCUGGCCAAGGACCGGCUCAAGAAGGAGGGCGUGGCCUACAAGCGCCCCAACGACUACUUCGCCGAGAUGCUCAAGAGCGACGCGCACAUGGCCAAGGUCAAGGACAAACUCAUCUACGAACAGAAGAAGAUCACGGCCGUGGAGGAGCGCAAGAAGUCGCAGGCCCACCGCAAGGUGGCCAAGGAGAUCCAGGCCGAGAAGGUCAAGGAGCGCAACCAGCAGAAGAAGGACACGCUCGAGGCCGUCAAGCAGUGGAAGAAGCGGAAGGGCAGCGACAAGGGCGGCGCGCUCAAGGACGACGACGACGGAGAGCUCGACACGAUCAUCGGCGGGGGCAAGCGCAAGCAUGCGGGCGGCGACCGCGACGGAGCCAACAAGAAGCCGCGCGCCAACAAGGCGCGCGAGGCCAAGAACGCCAAGUUCGGCUUCGGCGGCAAGCGCCGUCACGCCAAGAGCAACACCAAGGAGAGCACGAACGACAUGUCGAGCCACCCCGGUGCGCGCAAGGCAAAGGCAAAGUCGCAGGCGUUGGCCAAGGGCGGCAAGCGCGCCGGCAAGGCUCAGCGCGCGAACCAGCGCAACAAGAGUCGGCGGUAA